AUGGUCAAAGAGACAAAGCUCUACGACACCCUCAACGUCAAGCCUGAGGCAACUCAGGACGAGAUCAAGAAGGGAUACAAGAAAGCAGCCUUGAAAUGGCACCCAGACAAGAACAAGGAUAGCCCCGAUGCGGCUGAAAAGUUCAAAGAAUGCUCACAAGCAUACGAAAUUCUUUCCGAUCCCGAGAAGCGAAAGAUAUAUGAUCAGUACGGCCUCGAAUUCCUACUCCGCGGCGGUACCGCACAGCCCGAAGGUGGUGCCGGUGGAAACCCGUUCGCCGCUGGCGGCAUGCCUGGAGGUUUUGAAGGUUUCAACUUCCAAGGUGGCAUGCCCGGUGGAGGCGGCACCCGAACUUUCCACUUCAAUACCGGCAGCGGCGGUGCUGGAGGCUUUGGCUUCAGCAACCCCGAAGAAAUCUUUGCCGAAUUCAUGCGUAACGGAUCUGCUGGUGGUAUGCAUGGUGGUGGCGACGACGACGACAUCGCUGGCAUGUUUGGCGGAUUUGGCGGUGCUGGUCCUCGAAGCCGCAGUUCACGCACACGCUCAGGCUUCGAGCCUCGACCUAGAGAAGCUACUCCCGAGGUUACCACAGUCGAGCGACCCCUGCCCCUAACGCUUGAAGAGCUCUUUAACGGUGUGACCAAGAAGAUGAAGAUUAAGCGCAAGACUUACGAUGAGACCGGAAAGAGAGUCCAGACCGACCAGAUCCUUGAAGUCCCUAUCAAGCCGGGCCUGAAGAAGGGUUCCAAGAUCAAGUUCAACGGAGUCGGUGAUCAAGUAGAGGGAGGCCGCCAGGAUCUUCACUUUAUUGUCGAAGAGAAGGAACAUCCUCUCUACAAGCGCGAGGAUAACGAUCUUGUCCAUGUGGUAACCCUUGAUCUCAAGGAGGCCUUGACCGGCUGGCGAAGGACAGUGACAACGAUCGACGGCCGACAGCUCAACCUCGAUAAGGGAGGCCCUACUCAGCCCAACAGCGAGGAACGGUAUCCUGGCCUGGGUAUGCCCAUCUCUAAAAAGCCUGGCCAGCGAGGCGACUUCGUCAUCAAGUACAAGAUCAACUUUCCAGCAAGUUUGACUGCCGAUCAGAAGCAGAAGCUCAGGGAGAUUCUGUAA